CGCCCAGACAGACCAGGAGGAGAGCGAACCCAUCUCGGCAGCCGGCGACCGGGGAAACUAGGCAAGUCUCACCUACUUAACCCUAGAGGGAGAAAGGUCCUAACCGGCGGCGGCGAUGGAGGUGGUGGCGCUGGUGAGCGGCGGCAAGGACAGCUGCUUCGCCAUGAUGCGAUGUCUCGACUACGGCCACAAGGUUGUUGCUUUGGCUAAUCUUAUCCCCCUAGACGACGGCGUUGAUGAGCUCGAUAGCUACAUGUACCAAACCGUUGGGCACCAGAUUGUCGUGAGCUACGCGAAAUGCAUGGGCUUGCCUCUCUUCCGGAGGCGCAUUCGUGGAUCCACAAGGGAUCAGGGCCUCAAAUAUAAUGUUACGGCAGGAGAUGAAGUGGAAGAUAUGUUUGCUCUGUUGAGCGAGGUUAAGCGGCAAAUUCCAUCCAUCAGUGCGGUGUCGUCAGGUGCAAUCGCGUCCGAUUACCAGAGGCUCCGGGUUGAGAGUGUCUGCUCGAGGCUGGGCCUGGUCUCGCUAGCUUAUUUAUGGAAGCAGGAUCAGACUUUGCUCCUAGAGGAAAUGAUAAGAAGGGGCAUUGUGGCAAUAACUGUAAAGGUUGCUGCACUGGGGUUGAAACCUUCUUCCCACUUAGGUAAAGAACUGGCUGAACUUAAGUGUCAUCUACUCCAAAUGAAUGAGAGUUAUGGAAUCAAUGUCUGUGGUGAAGGUGGAGAAUAUGAAACACUAACUCUUGACUGCCCUCUCUUUUGUAAUGCAAGAAUUAUUCUCGACGAUUAUGAAGUAAUACUCCACUCUGCUGACUCCAUUGCUUCUGUUGGAAUUCUUCAUCCACGUGCAUUUCAUCUUGAGCACAAGCCAGAUUCAUCUGAUACAAUUGGGGACGGUUCUGUCACUCAAGAUAUUUCUAGUUGUGUGUAUGAGGUUGAUGAAGUUAUCACGUGCACUGAUGAAGAAAAACACACCUUGAAUCCAGCUGUUGAUGCUUGCACCAAUAAAGACCUAUGCAUCUCAAAGACAGGGAAGAAUUUGCGUUCAAUUAGCUGUUGGAUUCAGGAUCGCUCUAGAGAUUUGGAAGUAGGCCUGAAGGAAGACCUCAUAGCAGUUUUGAGCGGAAUUGAUAAUCAGCUCCAGGAAGAAGGGUUAGGUUGGGUGAAUGUUUUAUAUGUUCACCUCUACAUUUCAAACAUGAAGGAAUUUGGAUUGGCCAAUGAAGUGUAUGUCAGCUUCAUUACAGAAAAGAAAUGCUACCUGGGUGUUCCUUCACGCAGUACAAUUGAAUUGCCAUUGGUUCAGGUUGGGUUGGGUAAAGCAUAUGUGGAAGUUCUAGUUUCAGAUGAGUUGAAAAAGAGAGUCCUACAUGUGCAGAGCAUCUCCUGCUGGGCUCCUAGUUGCAUUGGACCUUAUAGCCAGGCAACACUUUAUGGAGAGAUUCUGUAUAUGGCUGGUCAGCUGGGGCUUGACCCUCCUACGAUGAAGCUCUGUCCUGGUGGUGCAACAGCUGAACUAGAAUUAGCACUACAAAAUAGUGAAGCUGUGGCUAAUGCCUUUAGUUGCUCUAUCUAUUCCUCAGCAAUACACUUUCUGGUGUACUGCUCUGCACAGUUGACAUCUGAUGAGAAGGAUGAAGUCGAACAGACAUUGCAGAGUUCUUAUAUUACUCGUUUGGAUUGCUCAAAAACUGGAUUAUAUCCCACUGUUCUAUAUGUAUUUGCACCAGAUCUUCCAAAAGGAGCACGUGUGGAGAUAAAACCUAUUUUAUAUGUCCCCACCAAUGAUGAUGGAGUUGCAACUAGAGAAAUGGAGACUGGAAUGACACAGCCAGCACCAAGCCAAGCAUGGAGUGCACAAUACUCUGACUUGCAUGACUCAUGUUGCCAGAUCCACACAAUUGAUGGGAGAAUUUGUUCUGCUGUGGUCUCAGUCACAAGUGAUAUUGCAUCAAAGAUAUGUUCUACAGCCGGGCAGCUAUACCACACGGAGGACAAUUUGAAAGCUAUGGCUAGAUUUUGUGCUUUCCAGAUCGUGAAGAUCCUGGGGGAUAACAAAUUUUCCUGGGACAGCAUAACGAUGUUGAGGUUCUACUAUUCGGUAGAAAACUCGGUGGCAGCAGAUGCAAUGUCCCGUGCAUUUUCGGAGGCCUUCACUGAGCUUGCAGAAGACAACAGUUCCUUAAGAACCGAUGAAUCUCCAUGCUACAACAUCGUGCCGGUAUCAGGUUCUGGUUGCUCUGCAUGUACGAACAAUAUAAUAACAUGCGAGUUAUUGGCCUCCAAACAUUAGCCUGCACACGCAUCCGAUUUGUUCGCUGUGAUGCUUGCUGGAAUGCAGCUUUCCUUCGGACGCGUGCGCAUGUUAGAAUUUCUGCCAAACUGCCAAAGGAGCCGGCCGCCUAUCAAUUGCCGAGUUGGACGACAGUUAAUCAGCUGCUUUUAGGGUUGGCAGCGGUAGCUUUCUGUGCUGGUGAUCGUUGAAAAAUAUACCAUGAUUACUAGUAUACUGUAUUUUUUUUGCUUAUGUUUCUGUAGCCUAUAUAUACAUUGGGCCUGACUAGCCUGUACUGAAGCUUGUGAUGACAUUGGUCUAUCCACAGAGGUCCAUUCA